GCACAUGUUUCCCCGCGUUCCAGUCUCGCAACGGCACUCGCGAGUGACUGUUCGUGUAGGUUUACGAAUCGGUAACCGUUCUGACCAAAAAAGAAAAACGUUCGCUCGCGGAACGAAGGACAUUACAGGGGCACGCGUGUUGUAUAUAAUAUCUAUACUUGUCUAUAUAUGUAUAUAGAUAUACGCGUGUGCGGUAACGCGCGCGCGCAAAGGACGAGUUCUUUCCUCAGUGCUUCAUUCGAGAACUGACACGACACACCGCGAACGUCGUUGCAACGAGCAACACGACCGAAUAUCGAUAGAAGAAAAAACAUAACGAAGAAAGGAGGAGCAGUGUCGAUCGCAACCGUGACUGUUCCGAUCGUUUUCCCUUUCUUCCGGAUCUCCGCGUCUUUCUUUUUUUACUUUUAUACGUAACGUAUUUUACGCGUCAACGAUACGAGACAUAACCUUAUUUCAAUACCGGGUGCAAUACCGGGAUCGCAGUGAGAAUUGAUUACGCGAGUGACAGCUUGUUCCCGUUUUUUGGGGGAGCCACAAUCUUUAGAAUAGAAAAGAGUGUAAUAGAAGAAAAUAUUUCGUGGUCGUACCUUGUAGGAGCACGGUGAGAAAGCAGAAGUGUGGAUAUUCCGUAUUCCGGACAAGGAUAUUCCGAGGGUGUUGCCGAACUUAGUGAUCUUCCACUGACGUCAUUUCGUGCUUUCGUACUUUCAUUCGAGGGACGAGAAUAGUGUUCGCUGAUUCGACGAAAACAUGUGAGCGGGAUCUAUCUGUCCACCGAGACGAGGGCAACGGGCCAAUCUCAAACACCUAGACGCCGCACAGUGGACGGCCGUGUCGUCUAGUGGCGCGUGGUCGAGGGGUCGCGAGUCGUUGACGGCAAGACGGCCGAUCGUGCGAGGGUGCUGAGUACUAUUCCGCGGCUGCGAGGACAAACAACAGCCCGAAGAUUCUCCCAGCAAAGGGCAAGAUGCACAUCGAGGUGCAGGUGGCGCUCAACUUCGUGAUAUCGUACCUCUACAACAAACUGCCGCGAAGGCGGGUGAACAUCUUCGGCGAGGAGCUGGAGAAGGCGCUCAAGGACAAGUUCAAGGGCCACUGGUACCCCGAGAAGCCUUUCAAGGGAUCGGCGUUCAGAUGUUUGAAGACGGGCGACCCGGUCGACCCGGUGCUGGAGAAGGCGGCGAAAGAGAGCGGCGUGCCCAUCCAGGACAUCUUGGAGAACCUUCCAGCGGAGUUGGCCGUGUGGGUCGAUCCCGGUGAGGUGAGCUACCGCAUCGGCGAGAUGAACGCGGUCAAGAUCCUCUACUCGGAGACGGGCGACCCGCACGACGAGAGCUCGGCCGACCGAGAGGUGACCAAGACGUUCAACCCCGAGGCCCAGUGCUUCAGGCCCAUCGAGGCCGUGGGCACGUCGUUGGGCGGGCUCAGCCUUAGCCCCAAGUCCACGUCCCCGUUCCCAAGCUCGCUGGGCAGCAACGCGAGCAACGGGUCGUCGAACAACCAGCAGAGCGGCCACGGAUCCGGUUCCUCGUCGGCACCGUCGCCGACCCCCAUCACCACCUCGUUCAAGGGCUCGCCCAGCCCCGUUCCAGGAUUCAUCCCGCGAACCACGGCGCCGCUCACCUUCACCACGGCCACAUUCGCGCAGACCAAGUUCGGAAGCACCAAGUUGAAGACGAGCAGCAAACGAGCGAACAGAAUGUCCCCGACCGAGUUCUCGAACUACAUCAAGCAGCGGGCCAUGCAGCAACAGAUCCACCACCACCACCACCACCAGCACCAGCAGCAGCAGCAGCAGCAACAGCAGCAGCAACAGCAGCAGCAGCAGCAAGCGGCCGCGGGCGGGCUGCCCGUGUCGCAAAGCUCGCCCCGAAGCCGCAGCCUCUCGCCCGGAAGCAUAGUGGCGGGUGGCGGGCAACAGCACACGGAUCCAAGCGCGUACUUCUUCCAGCACGGGCCGGCCGCCUAUCAUCCCCAAUUCCCCCAUCGCAACAUCUUCGACUCGUCCAGCCACGGCGGCUACCUGUCCGCCGAUCUCUACACAGGCGUCAACUUCCCGUCGUCCUAUCUCGACCCGACCACGAUCGCCGGCCACCAGUUCUACGGUGGAAGCGUGAACGGAACGAGCAACGCGGCGGGCAGCAACGGGAACUCGCAGAGCGCCGGGAAUCUGGGCCCGGUCGGGUCAGCGGCGACGAACAGCAACGUGAACGGGUCCGGGCAGCAGCAGGACAAGACAGCGCUCGUCGAGGGGCUGAACAACUUUGGCCUUGGCUCAGUGGCGCCGUACCCGGCCAGCCAGUACCAGCACCUCCUCGUAGCCAACUAAUACCCCGCGCGAGUGGAGACCGAGCGGCUCGAGUCGCGUCUGAUCCUCUGCUGCUUCACAGGACAGGAAGGGGAGACGGGGAGGAUAGUAUGAGAGGCCGGGCCGUGCGAGCGUGAGUGAACGGGUGCCACGUUCCAGCCUCUAUUCGUGCGUCGAGACGUCUUCGUCGUCCAGAGUCUAGGUUCCGUACCCUGACACACGUAAUACACACACACACACACACACACACACACACACACACACACAGAGACACAGACACACAACCAGUACAACCAGAUUUCGCUUGCACCAUCCGAUCGGAGCUCACCUUCCUGCUCACUCACCCCCACGCUAUAUAGAGUUCCCCCACUCUGUCUCUCUCCUGGCGAAACGAGCGUCCAAGCAACAACAACAACAACAACAACAACAACAACAACAAGCGGCAAAGGUCGGUAGUUCUGCAUUGCUAGUGCAACGAUAGACUCAGCCCCCCUCCCCCUCCCCCUCCCCGCCCCUUC